CAACUCGUUGCGCACGCACAUUCAUGGUCUUGGUGGGAAUUCCGGUCAACGGGCUAGCGGGGGUUCGACGAUUGCGACAGCGGCGGGCUCUGGCCGUGCUGGCAACAUGGAUACAAAUGUCGCGCAUCUGCGCUCGCCGUCUGCUCUCUUACGAUUUUCUCAUCAUCCUUCUCUAGACGUGAGCCGCUUCCCUUGCUCUCCUGCCUCCCCAUCCGCCCCGGCCGGGCACCCGCCGCCACUCCUUGUCCGGUGACGCCCCUCUAUCGUACGCGGGACUCCGUCUGCAGGCUGAGAUCGACUGCCUGCCUUGGGGAUUUCUCUCUACCUAAAGCAAGGGAUACUAUACCUGCUUUGGGAGACAGAGACGCCGUCGCACCGCAGAGGCUGCCGACAGGAGGACCACCUACAAAGGUCUUUACGGACCUACAGAGGGGCAGAGCCAUAGACGGACACCUCUUCCAAACCUGUCGCCCAGGCACUCAAGGUUUCCCACCUAGGUACCUGAUCUGACAAUAGCGGCAUACCAAAGGACAAGCAAGCCGCCCGCCGUCCCUCCCUCCCAUCCACCCCGUCCCUCGCAUCGCACGACCCCCCGCGCCUCGAACUGUCGCCGCCGCCGCCGCCGCCGCCGCCGAGCCAAUUGGGCCCGUAGAAGUCGUCUGCCACCAUGAUUUCCGCCCCCGCGAUCGCCGCGCGGGUUGGCUCUCGAGCGGUAUCCCGAGCGGCGCCCCGAGCUGCCCUCGCGGCUCCGAACAAGGCCCGAUCCGUCUCCGUCGCCGCCGCCUUCCAGCGCCGGGCCCUGUCCACCACGAGGGCAUGCGCCCUCCCACCGGCCAGGGACCGCGCUCGCGAGAUUGUCAUUCAGACGCUGAGCUCCAUUGGCAGCAAGCGUGAGAGCGAGCAAUACCUCAAGCUAUUCACCUCCGUCUCGUCACAAAAGUUUGCCGUCAUCAAGGUUGGCGGCGCCAUCCUCACCCAGUACAUCGAUGAGCUCUGCCGCAGCCUGCUCUUCCUCACAGAACUCGGCCUCUACCCCAUCAUUGUCCAUGGCGCCGGACCCCAGCUCAACAACCUUCUCGCCGAUGCCGGAGUCGAACCGCAGUUCGAGGAGGGCAUCCGCGUCACCGAUGCCAAGACACUGGGCGUUGCCCGCAAGCUCUUCCUCGAGGAAAAUCUCAAGCUUAUUGAUAGGCUCGACGACCUUGGCGUCCAAUCGCGGUCGCUGAGCGGUGUCUUCAUGGCCGACUACCUUAACAAGGAUAAAUGGCAGUACGUGGGCAAGAUUACAAAGGUCAACAAGGAGUCAAUCGAAAAGUCCAUCGAGGCCGGCUACAUUCCCGUGCUCACCUCCAUGGCCGAGACGGAGGAUGGCCAGCUGCUCAAUGUCAAUGCCGACGUGGCUGCUGCCGAGCUCGCUCGUGCGCUUGAGCCACUCAAGGUCGUCUACCUGUCGGAGAAGGGCGGUCUGUUUGACGGCACGGGCGACAAGAUUUCCCAUAUCAACCUGGACGAAGAGUUUGAUCACCUCAUGUCGCAGGAGUGGUGCCGCUACGGGACCCGUCUCAAGAUCAAGGAAAUCAAGGAGCUGCUUGACACGCUCCCGCGAACCUCCAGCGUUGCCAUUAUCCACCCGAGCGACCUGCAAAAGGAGCUCUUCACCGACUCCGGUGCUGGCACCCUGGUUCGCCGCGGCAACAAGAUUCAAAAGGUUACGUCGGUCUCGGACUUUAGCGACAUCAACAAAGUCAAGGAGACCCUUAUCCGUGACCGUGAGGGCAUGGAUGCUGCCGCCACCGUUGACCGAUGGAUCGAGUUCCUCCAGGAGAACCCCUUCACGGCUUACUACGACGAGUCUAUGCAGUGUCUAGCCAUCGUUCUCGAGCCCGGCAACGGCCGCACCCUGCCCACACUGGCCACGCUGAACGUCACCAAGUCGGGAUGGUUGACCAGCGUCGCUGACAACGUUUUCGCUGCCAUCAGGAAGGACCACCCCAGCCUGGUCUGGACCGUCAGCCAGGCCGACGAAAACUUAACCUGGUUCUACGACAAGGCCGAAGGCAUCCGCCACCACAACGGCAGCGCCCUGUUCUACUACGGUUGCGAGGACCAGCACCCGGCUGAGCUGGCCGCUGUCCAUAAGGAGUUCGUAUCCCACGGCCGUGCCAUGCUGGGCGACUCCAAUCUCGAGUCUCGCCUCCAGAGGGCCUCGCAGUCUGCCAGCCAGUCCCUGCGCGCUGCCCAAGUGCCGUCGCAGGCUCGCGGAUACUCCACCUUCAGCUACGGCGUGCAGCGCCGCGGCUAUGCCACCACCACCAACCCGAACCCUCCACUGGGCAAGAAGAACGCGUCCAACACGGUCCCUGCGCGCAUCGGCCUUAUCGGCGCACGCGGAUACACCGGCCAGGCGCUCAUCGAUCUGCUUAACGCCCACCCCUACAUGGACCUCAGGCACGUCUCCUCUCGGGAGCUGGCGGGUCAGGAGCUGCAAGGUUACACCAAGAGGAAGAUUAUCUACGAAAGCCUUGGCCCGGAGGAGGUUGGUGAACUCGAAAAAGAGGGCAAGGUUGACUGCUGGGUCAUGGCUCUGCCCAACGGCGUGUGCAAGCCGUACAUCGAGGCCAUCGACGCCGCGUCCAAGGGCCGCGACCGCCCCAGCGUCAUCGUCGACCUCUCCGCGGACCACCGCUUCACCGAUACGUGGACAUAUGGCCUGCCAGAGCUGACGAAGCGAUCUCUCAUCUACCCGGCCAAGCGCAUCUCGAACCCCGGAUGCUAUGCCACGGCCGCCCAGCUUGGCAUUGCACCCAUCCUGGACCAUCUGGGUGGCCAACCCACAGUGUUUGGUGUCUCGGGCUACUCAGGCGCUGGCACCAAACCGUCACCGAAGAACGACAUUGAGCAGCUUCGGGACAACCUGAUGCCAUACAGCUUGACCGACCACGUGCACGAGCGCGAGAUCAGCCGGCAGCUGGAUACGCCCGUCAGCUUUAUCCCCCACGUGGCGUCGUGGUUCCGAGGUAUCCACCACACCAUCAACAUUCCGCUCAACAAGACGAUGACGUCGCGAGACAUUCGGCAAAUCUACCAGGACCGAUACGCGGGCGAGAAGCUCGUCAAGGUUGUGGGCGAGGCGCCGCUAGUGAGGGAGAUCAUGAACAGGCACGGCGUGGAGAUUGGAGGAUUUGCGGUACACAGCAGUGGCAAGCGGGUAGUCGUGUGCGCUAGCAUUGACAACCUGCUCAAGGGCGCCGCCACCCAGUGCCUGCAAAACAUGAACCUCGCGCUGGGCUACGCCGAGUACGAAGGCAUCCCGACCAUGUAAAGGAGGAGAAAUAUAGCGGCUUCAAUGGGUGCUUUGCUGGCGGAGUUUGAUGGAAUCAUGGGCUUGUUAUGUUUGGGUCAUGGCGGCGUGGCCGGUCGGUCGGGCUCGUGUACGGGAGUCAUGUUGAACAUAGAUGGCCUCGUCUUGAGUGAAUUCUGUUGAUGGGUGGCUUACCCGGCCGACUCUGUAUCUGUGCCUUGAAGCCGCUUUCGAAGCAACGUUUGACGUAAAUUUUCUUUCCUAACGUGCCUCGAGG